AUGGCUGCAAUUAAUGUAUAUCAUACGAGUGUAACAACAGAUAAUCUUAGUCGUAAUGAUAUUCUACAAUGGAUAAAUUCAGCACUUGAUGCUAAUUAUAUGAAAAUUGAAGAUCUUUGUACCGGUGCUGCCUAUUGUCAAUUUAUGGAAAUGAUGUUUCCAGGUGCACGAUCAAAACGGGUCAAAUGGAAUACCAAACUUGAGCAUGAAUAUAUUAAUAAUUUUAAACUUUUACAAGAAUAUUUUAAAGCACUCUCCGUAGAAAAGGUUGUACCUGUCGAAAAAUUGGUAAAAGGAAAAUUUCAGGACAAUUUUGAGUUUGUUCAAUGGUUUAAGAAAUUCUUUGAUGCGAAUUAUACAGAUUCUCAUGAUUAUGAUCCUGUCGCUGCUCGUGAUGGACAACCAUUAGGUAGUGCUACGAAAGCUGUUGGUCCAGGAGCAACAAGUGGCUCGUCAGGUAGUCGUGUACCACCUGCUGCUGCUCGACCACCACCAACAAAAACUGUUGCUCCACCAGUAGCGCGACCAACAACUACCACAAAACCCAUCCAACAACAACAACCAAAAAUUUCUCCUGCAGUUCAUCGAGCACCAGCACCACCCAUACAACAACCUGCAGUUACUAAUGAUCAUCAUCAAAAUGUACGAGUACACCAACCUACAACUGGUAAUGAUCAUCAUCAAAAUGCACGAUUACAACAAGAAAUUGAUCAUUUACAAGACCUUAUUCAUCAACAUGAAUCUCAAGUAGCUGGUUUAGAAAAAGAACGUGAUUUUUAUUAUCAAAAAUUACGUGAUGUUGAAAUGAUUUGUCAAGAACCCGAACAUGAAACAUCACCACCAAUACAAAAAAUUCUUGAAAUACUUUACGCUACAGAAGAAGGUUUUGCGCAACCAGAUCAAGAAAAUGGUAAUGGUGAUUUUGAUGACGGAAAUGGUCUUACUGUUGGUAAUGGUAAUGCUCCUAAUUUUGUCGGUGGUGAUGAUGAGACAUAUUAA